CAGAUGUCAUCUAGUGACUCCACACCCCAACCAAUGUCAUCCAGUGACUCCACAGCGCAGCCGAUGUCAUCCAGUGACUCCACAUACCAGCCAAUGUCAUCUAGUGAUUCGACUCUCCCACCUAUGUCUUCUAGUGACUCCACAUACCUGUCAAUGUCAUCUAGUGACUCCACAUACCAGCCAAUGUCAUCUAGUGACUCCACACCCCAACAAAUGUCAUCUACUGACUCAACACCUCCACAAACGUCAUCUAGUUACCCAACACCUCAACCAAUGUUAUCCAGUGACUCAACACUUCAACCGAUGUCAUCCAGUGACUCCACAUACCAACCAAUGUCAUCUAGUGACUCUACACCACUACAAAUGUCAUCUAGUGACUCUACACCACUACAAAUGUCAUCUAGUGACUCCACACUACUACAAAUGUCAUCUACUGACUCCACACACCAAUCAAUGUCAUCUAGUGACUCCACAUACCAAUCGAUGUUUUCAAGUGACUCCACACCUCAACAAAUAUCAUCCAGUGACUCAACACCUCAACCGAUGUCAUCCAGUGACUCCACAUACCAACCAAUGUCAUCCAGUGACUCCACACCACUCCAGGUGUCAUCUAGUGACUCCACAUCCCAGCCAAUGUCAUCUAGUGACUCCACACCGCAACCAAUGUCAUCCAGUGACUCCACACCACUUCAGAUGUCAUCUAGUGACUCCACACCCCAACCAAUGUCAUCCAGUGACUCCACAGCACAGCAGAUGUCAUCUAGUGAUUCGACUCUACCACAAAUGUCAUCUAGUGACUUCACACCACUACAAAUGUCAUCCAGUGACUCCACAUCCCAGCCAAUGUCAUCUAGUGUCUCCACACCACUUCAGAUGUCAUCUAGUGACUCCACAUAUCAGCCAAUGUUAUCUAGCGACUCCACACCACAACCAAUGUCACCCAGUGACUCCACACCACUUCAGAUGUCAUCUAGUGACUCCACACCCCAACCAAUGUCAUCCAGUGACUCCACAGCACAGCCAAUGUUAUUUAGUAAUUCGACUCUACCACCAAUGUCAUCUAGUGACUCCACACCACUACAAAUGUCCUCCAGUGACUCCACACCCCAACAAAUGUCAUCUACUGACUCAACCCCUCAACAAAUGUCAUCUAGUUACUCAACACCUCAACCAAUGUCAUCCAGUGACUCAACACCUCAACCGAUGACAUCCAGUGACUCCACAUACCAACCGAUGUCAUCUAGUGAUCCUACACCACUACAAAUGUCAUCCAGUGACUCCACAUCCCUACCAAUGUCAUCUAGUGACUCCACAUACCAGCCAUUGUCAUCCAAUGACUCCACAUACCAACCAGUGUCACCUACUGAUUCCACAUCCCAUUCGAUGUCAUCUACUGACUCCACACCACUACAAAUGUCAUCUAGUGACUCUACACAACUACAAAUGUCAUCCAGUGACUCAACACCUCAACCGAUGUCAUCCAGUGACUCCACAUACCAACCGAUGUCAUCUAGUGAUCCUACACCACUACAAAUGUCAUCCAGUGACUCCACAUCCCUACCAAUGUCAUCUAGUGACUCCACAUACCAGCCAUUGUCAUCCAAUGACUCCACAUACCAACCAGUGUCACCUACUGAUUCCACAUCCCAUUCGAUGUCAUCUACUGACUCAACACCACUACAAAUGUCAUCUAGUGACUCUACACAACUACAAAUGUCAUCCAGUGACUCAACACCUCAACCGAUGUCAUCCAGUGACUCCACAUACCAACCGAUGUCAUCUAGUGAUCCUACACCACUACAAAUGUCAUCCACCGAUGUCAUCUAG